CAUCGACACACAAAAAACAAAUGAACACUUAGAAUUGGUAGGAGCCACUGACAAACUCGACAAAUGGUUCUGAAAUAACGAACAGAUUUUAAAGAAUCCUUUUUUUAUUAAUGAUGCUGCAACGAUUAUUUCCGAUUCCUCUGUUUUCUUUGAUUUUUUUAAAAAAUGUGCUUUUCGGUUUUGUUCUGAAGGACACUAUCCUGAAUUUUCAGCGGGCUUUUCACCAUCGAAACUGACUGUUCUCAGCAUGCUUGUUCGAUUCCAAAAUUUUCAAGCUUUCUUUUGUUUUUGUUUUAAAUUGGGGCAUGUAAGAAGGUUCUGAAGGAAUGCACCAAGUCCCACUUCAUAACGUUAUUAAAGAGUUAAACUAAACCCAUUCAUCAACCAGCAGAGAAAGUAACUCUUCAAAUCCAAAUCACAUAAAAAUCUGGAUGAAAUCCUGCGUGCUCAUUAAUGGAAUCCUGCUGAGGAGCCGCUGUCUUAGGCAUUUGCUGUAUGUUUAUGCACAGAUUGUUUACUCUUGACAUGCUGAUGACACAAAAACCACCAAUACCCCGCCGAACUUAGCAAAGGCUCGGAGAGUAAAACUCACUUAAAGCUCAGCUCCUACGUAAUUGUGUUUAGUGUUACCUUCCAAGGCAUUGCAGCGAGCAACGAAAAUCACUAAGUUUAAUUACAUUCCAAAAAUCGCACAACUCAUCUGACAAAUUCCCCGCAUGGUUGAACACUUUGGCUUGUUGGUUGCUGCCUGAAUUUGGGGAGGAUGGCUAAACCUCACGUUUUAGGGUUCGUUACAAAAAAGUUUUCUUGUCACAAGAACAGAGAAAUUUGGACCCGCCCAACACAAACGAUGGAAAACCUAUAAACUAUGUGUGUACUUUACAUGUGCAUAUGGGUAGACAUUGAGGGAGAACUAUACAAACAACCCAACUUGAUUUACAAACUUAAAUAAAGUUAAACUGAUUUACAACUACUUCUUUCAUUUGAGUGACAAUAUUGAUAGGUGUAGAGUUUUCAGAUAUCCGAAAAAUAAUGCAUCGUUACGUUUUUAAAAUGUUCUAUAAUAAAAUAUUUAUUUUAAUGUUUUGAUAAGAACUCGUAACUAUAGACUACUGGAGACAGAAAAAGGAUACUAAACAGGGUUCAGUGUAUUCUAGUACUUUCCCUGCCAAAAAAAGUGUAAGGAAAUUUAAUUUCGGUUGAUUGACAGUGUCUAUGGAAACGGCCAGGUCUUAAUCCGUCUGGACCCGCCCUCUGGUGUAGUUUGACCAAUCAUUCGGGAAGAGAACGACCCGAAUCUGCUGCAGACUGGGUCGCCGUCACGUUGAAAACAGACAGAACCAUCCCGGGAGAUAGCUUUCUGCAUGAGGUGUAAAAAACUUGAUCGGCAGGAUCCAGCCGAAAAGACAAUUCUUUGGGGCAUUAGGAGCAGAAAGAGGGAAGGGGGGGGGGGGGGGGGGUUGGAAAUUAGGAGAGAAAAGAGAAACAUGUCUUCCGCUUCAAACGAAAUCACGAGCACAAUUGAGGUUAAAGAAGAAAACGACAGCUUGCAACCAAAGAUCAACACACUGGGUUCUGCAGCCACUCUGGAGCCUGAAGUGAGUGCACUUUCUACAAGCCCGGAGAUUUCCGAUCAGGUACCCGUGGAACUGUUAACCAACCCCGCCGCGGCGCUGACUUUUUCGCCGGAGCAAGUGGCGUGUGUGUGCGAGGCUUUGCAACAAGGAGGGAACCUGGAUCGCUUAGCCCAGUUCUUGUGGUCCCUGCCUCCCAGCGAUCUGCUACGUGGCAACGAAAGCAUCCUGAAAGCCCGGGCUCUGGUGGCUUUCCACCAGAGUCGCUACAAAGAGCUGUACAGCAUUCUGGAGAGUCAUAACUUCGACGCGUCCUGCCACACUUCCCUGCAGGAUCUAUGGUACAAAGCCCGGUACACAGAAGCCGAGAAAGUCCGCGGCCGGCCCCUGGGGGCUGUGGAUAAGUACAGGCUGCGCAGGAAAUUCCCCUUGCCCAGGACCAUAUGGGACGGCGAGGAGAGGGUCUACUGCUUCAAGGAGAAAUCGCGGAAUGCGCUCAAAGAGUUGUACAAACAGAAUCGCUACCCAUCGCCGGCCGAGAAGCGGAAUCUGGCCAAGAUCACAGGGCUUUCCCUCACCCAGGUCAGCAACUGGUUCAAAAAUAGGCGCCAGCGAGACCGUAAUCCAUCGGAAAACCAGUCGAAAAGUGAGUCAGAUGGUAAUCACAGCACUGAAGAUGAGUCCAGCAAGGGUCAAGAAGACAUGUCGCCUCGUCCAUUGUCAAAUCCAUCUGAUGGGAUGAACCACUCCAACGUCCAUAGUCCUCCAGAAGGCAUGUUCAUGCAUCAUAUCGGGGAGCUGAAGCCUUCCCAGAAUUCCUCUGGCAUACUACUGAAUGGAAAUCUUGUAACUACAAAUGGCUCUCCUGUGUUUUACAGUGGAAGUUCUUUCAUCCAAGGUCCUAAUGGAGUCCUUGUUAAUGGAUUGUCUUUAGGAAAUGCCCAGACAAUAAGUUUAAGCCCAAUAGGAACCACUCCCAGCGUGCUGGUUAAUGGUAUUUCAAAUGGGUCUACUGGUGGCACUGAACUUAAAACUGAAAGUGUACACAUGCUUACUUCUGAAGAAGCAGUGUCCUCCGGAUCUGCUGAAAUUAGUAGAGGCCCAGCCCAAAUAAACCAGUAUAGCCUUGUGCAGCUGCAAAAUACAGAAAAUAACAUUCAUUUGGUAAAUGGAAAUAUUGGGUUACCUCCACUUCAGCUGCCUUCUGGUUCUGCUGCAUCAUCACAGGGAAACAUUUUGAUAACAAACACAUCAGAUGGAGGAACAUUCCUAAGUGGUACAGCAGCCAGUCUUCAGCAAGGUAAGGUCUUCUUGGCUGCCACACUCCCACCAAAUGCAGUAAUGUGCACAUUACCUAAUUCAGGGCAGGCUGUUGCCCCAGUAAAACAGGAUGCGUUGGAAGGAGGUCUUGUUUUUUCUCAAUUAAUGUCAGUGAGUGGAAACAAUCAUAUGAAUAUUAACACAUCUCCUGGGAGCCAACCUGGAAAUACCCUACAAACUCAAAGCUCAACGCUGGUGAACACAGGGCUGCCUCAAAACCUGCCUUUAACUUCAUCAAAUUUGCUGAACACAUCAAGUACUUUGAGCUUCAGCCUCACAGUGAGUUUGCCACUGUCAACUACUGCAUCUCUGAAUUGUGAUCAACAGUUGUCUACUGCUGUCACGAAUGCAGUACCUGUAGUGUCAAUGGCCAACAGUCAGUAUGCUACACUCCAGAACUGUAAUCUGCUUACAAGCUCUGGCCAAGAGACUAUAACUGAAACUGGUCUUGAUUCUUCUGACACUGAGGAUAAGCCUAGAAAUCCUAUUACAGAAGAAACGCAUGAAUACAGUAGUGGACAUGUGUCUGUACUUCAUCCCCCAGUAAAGGAAAACUACUUGGUAGUUCUAGAAAACAAAUCUAGCAACCACCUAACAAUGAUGGACUCUAAAUCCAAAUAUGUGAUAAAUGAUGUGGUUAACAAUGUCUGCAAGGAAUUAGAAACUGAGGAAAAGGAACUAGCAAAACUUCAAAAUGUUCCUAUGGAUGAAGAUCUCAGUGAUAUAUAACUGCCUACAAAUAUGCAGCAGGCUUUUGAAAAUGGGACUGUUUGAUAUUUUCCGUCCUCUUGUUUAGGUAACCAAAGACUGAAGUGUUUCUAUUAUAUUUUAUCUACUUCAUAAUUUAAAGGAAAGAACUGUUAGGAGAUGACUGAGGUAGUCAACCAUUAUCUGUUACACUUUUUUUUUUACUGGAAUCUAGAUUCUUAGCCGUAAGUUGGUAUUUAUUUUUAACACUCCUGGUAUAGUCAGUCAUAACACAUAAAUAAGGACUGGUUAGCAUCUUAAAGGUAUAUGUCUGUAUUGAUGGGCUUUUCUUCCUGUAUAUGCAUGGUUUGAUAUCAAUGUACCAUUAGCAAAUGUAAGCAUUACAUUAUGAUAUUUUGGGUACACCAGUCACAAAAUGGCCCAGAGGCAUAUGACCACAAAUUUAGUUUUAUUGCUUUUAUUAAACACUACCCAAAAUAACACACACUAAUACUUUUCAAAUGUAACACUUUAUCAAAAGAUUUUCCGACUUAGUGAAUGCAUACUUUCUGGACAGUGUUUUGUAUGACCAAUAGCUGACAAUCAAGAUGGAAUGUACAGUCCAGGAUCAUUAGAAUUACCAUUGGAAUGUACAGUUUUUUUUUUGUUUUAAAUGUCCUGAAGUCCAAGUACUGUGAAUUAUGGCUGGAAGUGUCCCAUUCCCUUCCUGUUUCCUACCUGCACAAAAUACUAACUUAGAUGGAAUGUGGAAGCAAGAGAAUAUCUCAAUUUGGUACUACUCCACAAUAUUAGUAUAAAUAGAGAAACUUUAUUUUUUUGAUCUUAUUGAUCGACUUCUUUCAUGCAGUUAGUUUAUUGAAGUGCUUUAAUCUUUGCCAGCAAUUAUGUAAAUGGUAGAGAGCUCCUGUGCAUUGAUUGAGUGCCUUGGCAUUUUAUCAGAAUCAGAGAUGCAAAGUUUAGUAUUCACCAGGA